AUGGACGCCCAGGCCCAUCUCCUCUCGCUCGGCUGGGCUGGGCCCGGGCACUCGCUCGACUCGCGGCCGUACACACAAAAAGGCCACCGGGGACUCGCGUACGACCCCGCCAAGGUCGGCAACAACGGCAACGGGCUGGUGAAGCCGCUGCUCGUGUCACAACGCAAGGGCCGCUUCGGGAUCGGCAAAAAAGCCCACGAACCGCCGGCCGGGACCGAGUGGUGGCUGAAAGGCUUCGAGAGCGCGCUGGGGAACAUUGGCAAGAGCGAGAGCGAAAGGACCAGUGGGGCCAGUACGCCGGCCAUAAGCCAGAGCCAACACAAUAUGAGCGGCAAACACGGCUCGCUGUAUAGCUACUUCAUCAAGGGUCCGGAUAUGGAGGGGACGAUUGAAGACUUGGACGAGAUGCAAGGGACGAUUGAAAACGAAAACUUGGACGAGAUGGAGGUGGAGCGGUCCCUGUCGUCGAAGAAGAAGAAGAAGAAACGAAAGAGCGAUGUCCUUGACGACGACGACACCGACACCGCCGCAGUGGUGACCAAGAUGAAAAAGAGCAGCAAAAAACAGAAGCGGGACGCCGUGGUUGAAUUCGAACAAGUCAGCACCUACAUGGCCUUACGCGACAAAGAUAAACAGCGCAGGCAACGGCCCGAACGGCCCAGUCCUGUCGAGGAGUUCCGGCAUGUCGGCGAGUAUCUCGAGGCCAAGGCCAGGUCGGAGAGGAAAGACAAGGAAAAGAAGAACGAGGCUAGGUCGGAGCGGAAAGACAAGGAAAAGAAGAAGCAGAAGCGGAAGCGGACAUCAGAAGAAGCACAUGAGUCUGGGCCCAGCACGAGCACGACCACGCCGGCAGUUACAGAGGCAGAGGCAGAGGCAGAAGAGGGAGCCGAGACUCCUGAGACCAAGGAAGAAAGGCGAGAACGUCGACGGCUACGUAGAGAACAGAAGGAGGCUCGAAAGCCGACAACUGCGGUUGCGGCCGAGGCUCACCCGUCCGAGCGACUUCCAGAGGCGGAGGUCGAGGCGGCAGAUGCGGCUGACAAGGCCGCUCGACGUGCAGAGCGAAAGAAGAGAAAAGCCGAGAAAGCGGCCAUCCCAAAGCUGCAAUAG